UAUCGCUACUAGGAAUCUCAAUAGUAUUUAAUUGACUGAAGAACAAACCAAGUUACACUUCUACAUUUUUGCUUGCGAUGAGAAGCACUUAGUUUGCUUCAAUCGGCUACCUGGAGAAAAUGUACGAACUGGAAAUGUGUUGUUCGUCUUGUUGAUUUUAGAAGAAACGUACUUGAAAUAUGUUGAGUGGUGCGGGAUUUAUUCUCUCUUCCGCAGGCAUUUUGAAAGUAAUCUCACUGCUAUGCAUCAUAAUCGGAGGAUUAGUCUUCGUCACUUCAGGAGAUUGCAACGAGUCACGAUUCUGGGCUGUAACCUACAUCGUAACCACCACCGUAAGUGCCGUCCUAGCCAUGCUGUCCUACACGGUAUAUGCGCUUGAUCUGAUAAAGUCAACCACGGCGCUCAAAAUACAACAUAUCGCAGAGAUAACGAUGGCAUAUAUCGUGUUCGUACUGCUGUUGAUUGUUUCCAUCAUCAUGAUGACACAAUGCACAGGGAAAAAGUAUGCCCUAGACUAUGUUCCUGAGCCUCUAACAAUGAUAGGCGCAGUCUUGAUAGCAAUCGGUGGUACGCUGCUCUUCCUUGACUGGCGCUCGAAGGAACGCAUCGAUGAUAUUCAAAUGAAUAUCCCACGCUUAUCGCAGCCGCAACGCGCCAACCCUCAUCUCUCACGAAAAUCGAUACUAGUUUAGUGUUUGCGCGUGUUAUCGAAAGUUUAUUCUAAUCGUUAUCAAAACAACAUUGCCAAUAAUCAUCAAUUGUGUUGACAGGUA